CUGCAAUGCGACGUCACAAAUAAAAGUAAAUUCUAUAAAAAUGAAGUGUGCAAUACAAAAUUGCGCGAACAAGUUCAGGUCAAAACAAAAACAUUCUGAACAAUUCAGUUUCUUCAGUUUUCCCAAAAACCCGGACGUCUUAAAAAAAUGGCUUGCAUUUUGCCGCAGAUACAACAAAGAGAAACUGAAGGCACCACUUAAGAGCGUCAUUUGCAAUGAGCACUUUAAAGAGGAGGAUAUACAAGGAGCCUUACAGUAUCAAAUGGGUCUAUGCAGUAAAAGAACGCUGAAACCAGGCGCCGUGCCAUGCAUAAAUAAGAGCGAUAUGAGUACAGUUGAACGCGAGCGAUCUGAAAGGCGAAAGAACAAAAAACUGGUCCAAGAGUUACUUGAGGAAGCGGCAGCGCGUGAAGCAGCGGAAGCCAGUGGAGCAAUUGUUAAAGCUCCAGAUUUUGUCAGAAACACAGGCAUCGCGUCGGCUCCCGAUUUCGUAAUUGCAACUGGUAAUGCCUUUAUUCCAUGUACACCGACUCCCAGUGAAAGCGAUCCAUUGGCAGAAGAGCAGGAAGAGCUGGAGUUGUGUGGCGUACAAAAAGUUAUCCAGCAGGUUAAAUGCCGCACCUGCUAUGAACUAUUUGUUGUUGAUGAAUAUGCUAAAGAUCUUAGUGACGAACAAAACGCAGUCAUGUUAUUUCACAUUGAAGUUAUAACUGGUAUCUGGAUCAAAUGUAAGGAGGGCAUAUCGUCGUUCAUGUGUUCAAACUGCGUCCAAAAUCUGAGCACAGCCAUACAUUUUCGAGAAACCUGUAUUCGAACGGAGGUAGAGCUAGCAGGAGGAGAUACCAUUAUUAAGGACCCUGAUACAGAAAUUUUGAGUGCUAAUGAUUCAGAUAUAAUGCAGAUUAGUGAAAACUGUGAUGAUUUUGUUUCCAUGUUUCCGGAAGAAGAUCAAACCACUAUUGUUGAGCCUUUUCCCUUUGAAACGACACAACAAACGGUUCAGCCAACAUAUCCGCCGACUGCAGAUUCAAAUAGUAUAGCAUUGGGCGCUCAAAUUUAUGAGGAUCUUCUUAAUGAAUACAGGGGUAAGGACAAGACAACACGUCCACGACAGAGAAAGGCAACAAUAACUAAACAAAAUGUGGUACGAAAACGAAUACGAAAACCUCGGGAUCCCAAGCCGAAACGCCCAAAGCGCACAAAAGAAGAAAGAAAUCGCAUACGCCGUGAGCAAAUCAGAGCCAUGCCCUUGAACCACGUGUGCGACCAGUGCGGCGCCUCAUUUCGGGUGAGAUGCAAUUUAACGAUCCAUAUGUUGCGGCAUUCGCGCACAAAGAACUAUUCUUGUCCCGAGUGCCCCAAAAUGUUCUACGAUGCCUAUAUGCGAAACAUGCAUAUACGCGUGCGGCACAAAGGCGAAUUGCCAUUUGAAUGCAAGUAUUGUAGGAAAGCAUUUGGCUCGUCCAACACGCGCUAUUUGCAUGAAAAAAAGGUUCACGGAGCAUCUCCACGUAUUCACAGAAGCUCGAACAGAUUGAACAAACGGAUCGAACUUAAAACCUAUGAGCAGGAGCAACAACCGCAGAAUGCGCUGGAACAGAGGGAAAAUGUUCGUCACUUUUGUACCUAUUGCAACAAGAGCUAUGCGACAAAAUAUGCACUCAAUUGGCAUACCAAUAUACAUAUGGGUAUCACGCCUUUUAAAUGCAAGCUCUGCGACAUGAGCUUUCCGGAUCCCCAAUCGAAAAAGAAACAUGAAAUGAGGCAUGAUAGCAAACGUCCCUUCGAGUGCGACAUUUGUCUAAAGGGGUUCUAUGUACGCAGCAAGUUGAAAGAACACGAACGAAUUCACACUGGCGAACGACCCUACAGGUGUGAUGUUUGCAACGCAUUCUUUCGAUAUAAGUUCAAUUUAUGCUCGCAUCAAUUUAGCAAAAUGCAUAAGGAGAAUCUACAAAAGCUGAGAAAAAUUGAAGUGGUUGAAGAAGAUUCAAAUUGAACAGAGAUAA